UACUGUAUCUUCUUAAUUCAUGAGACUAUAACAUUUUAAAUGAGGAGAAAUCGGGGAAGAAAUACGAGCCGAGUCUGAGAGACAUGCUUCCCUCCCAGCACCACGGACAGCUCCGAUACUGCUUUACCACAGAAAGGAAUUAGCAAGUGGAAUUGGAGGAGAGAUUUAGAAGAACUGAGGGAGGAUUCUUCGGGAGCACUAUUUGAUUCAGGAGAGAAUAAAAUGCAAAUACCAUCCAAGGACAAAGUAUUCCAGAUGGAGGUGACAGGGGGAAAGCUGAAAAGCCCUUGUUUCCACCCAGGAGUGAAGAACAAGAGAGAGAGUCCACUGAGCCCUGGAGAAGCUUCUGUCUGUUAGUUUUGCAGCCACCUUGGUGCUUCUGAGAAUAAAGACUGUGUUGUUUCUUCUUGCAUCUUGAUAUGCCUGCCUCGACAGAGACUGGACAAAGCACUGAGACAUUUCCGUCCUUGCCAAAAUAAGUGCUAAUUUGGUUUCAGUAUCGGGAGUUCUCAUUAGCCUUUCAGAGGAUGGCGAUUGCUGUUUGAGAUCCUGGCAGUGUGCCUUCCCCCUGGUGCCAUUACUUCUGUGCAGUUUCUCCAAGUGGCAGGUGAAGUGCCGAAUUUGGCAAAAGAGGCGGGAAAAAGGGACUUGGCUUCUCCACAGAACGAACCCCGACAUUUCCUGCCUGCCAAAGGGAGUGACCACCAUGCCCAUGAAACAUGUGAACAGCUCAGUCAGCUGAAGAGAUGUAAACACAGCAGAAGACAAGUGGAGUUUUCCAGGAUGUGGCAAUAACUGGGAGCUUCGUCAAACAAAGUUUGACUGAGAGAAGCUCUGCUUGUAUAGACUUUCUGGUAUUGAUGGAGUUUCUCCUCCAUCCCAAUGGAUUGGUGUUGCUCCUUUUAAGAACAUUCUUGAACAUUUUUUAAUUCCUGCUUUGCCAUUUUUUCCUCUUGGUUUAGAAACAAAUCUUUCCAGAAAGCAGCUUUGGAAUGGUGAGAAAAGCACCCCAUUCUAACAACUGAAAGCAAAGACUUAUGAACAUCUCCCACAUGCAAAUAGCUUGGUUUCUCCCCAACGGUGGAAACUACAGAACUAUGUAGGUUAAAAGAGGGGGCAACCUAUCUCUGUCAGAUCCAAUUUAAAUCUCCAUAUUGGGAACAACUGGACCACUGUUGCUAAGGUCCUACCGUCAUCCCUCCAGGACCUCCACGGUAAGGAGAGGCAGUGGAGACCAAUCCUCUAAGAUGUUCAUUUGGACAAGCGGCCGGGGCUCCUCAUCGUACAGACAUGAUGAGAGAAGAAAUAUUUACCAAAAAAUCAGGGAUCAUGAUCUACUGGACAAAAGGAAAACAGUCACCGCUCUGAAAGCAGGAGAAGACCGAGCCAUACUCCUUGGACUGACGAUGAUGGUGUGUUCCAUUAUGAUGUACUUCCUCCUGGGAAUCACACUGCUGAGAUCAUACCUGCAGAGUGUUUGGACGGAAGAGACACAGUGCACACUCCUCAAUGCCUCCAUCAUAGAAACCUUUAACUGCUCCGUCAGCUGUGGUCCAGACUGCAGAAAAAUGUCUCAGUACCCCUGCUUGCAGGUGUAUGUCAAUGUAUCGUCUUCAGGGCAGAAGUGCUUACUUUACCAUACAGAAGAGACGAUGAAAAUUAAUUCUGAGUGUUCCUAUAUACCCAAGUGCACCAACAGCUUUGAGGAAUCUCUGUCCCUUGUGAAUGUCGUCAUGGAGAACUUCAAGAAGUAUCAGCACUUUCCCUGUUUUUACGACCCAGACGGCGUUCAGAAGAAUGUGUUGCUAACCAAACUUUACAGUUCCAAUGUGCUAUUCCACUCCCUCUUCUGGCCAACGUGCAUGAUGAUAGGAGGAGUUGCCAUUGUUGCCAUGGUUAAGCUGACCCAAUACCUGUCCCUUCUCUGCGAGAGGAUCCAAAGGAUCAACAGAUAGAAUUCGUAGCUCGCUUCUGGGAUGGAUUUACAGCUGAAAUACUGUUUUUUUCAUUCUUCACCAAAGAACCUUAAGUUUGUAAUGUGUCCGUCUGUUCUAAGUUCCUUAUAUUUUUACGAAGUAGAGCAAUAACGAAAAAGGCUGUUCUAUAUGCAAACGUGAUGUUAUUAUUAUGCAGAUGAUGAGAAAAGGAAUCACCGUUUGCAUUGGCUGUCUACAUGAUCUUGAUUUAUGCUGCAGUUUAUUACUUCUUUUCUUUCUUGUUUUUCCUUCUUUUUCUACAGCCAAAUUAGGGCUCAGUGUGACCAUUUGCCAAGCCUUGUCAAUGAACGCAUCAACAUUUCAGUGCAAAUCCAUUUGGGAGGGAAUGUAUUCCAUUGCCAUGUAUGUUCAUGUGAACCACUUUAGUUCCACUUCAGCCCAGAGAGGACAGAAUGGAAGACAGAGGUCUGCAGUAAGGUAAGAGGAUCCAGUCUGCUGGCUGAAGUGGAACUAUGAUGGAAACAUAGGCCUUGGUCCAGAAAUCAAUUUUUGGAGUGGGAUUCUCUAGUUGCCUCCUCCAUUGAGGUCAAAGAGCAAGCAUAUAGGUGUAUGACUGCCGAAGAGACAUUGCUGCACACUCAGGCCCCAAUCCAUAGAAUGUCAGUCACCCUUAGGUCUCAUUAAAAUCUAUAGGAUAAUGGCUGGCUUUAAUGGGAUGUAAGCACAACUUUCCUUCUUUGGAUUAGGCCUUGACAUUCUGGAUCAAGGCAAUAGUCUUUAUGUUAGCCUCAUGCUCAGGGUUAAGCUGUCUAUUCUGGUGUUUUAGAUCUCUAGCAACACAUUUAUUUGCAAUACUUUUUACUCAUGGAUCAUUACCUACCAAAGCUACAGCCAAAAGAAAAACACAUACAAAUCCCACAAAUCUAUAAAUUUUGUCAACUCCUUUCAUUUUCUACUCCAACCUGAGCCCUGUUGGCAGAUAAUGGGACCAGAACACCUUACGUACAAAUUUAUUAUGUGCAUUUUUCUUGUAUUUGCUACCAUAUCACUGUAAAGAAGAACUAAAACAAAAACAAAAACACACAGCUAUUUUUUUCAUUUUUUACUUCCAACUAUUUUAGAUUUUUUUACUGGAUAUUUAAAAAAAAGAAUACUAGAGAAGAAGACAAAAAGGAAUAUAAUAACUAGUGGUGUAUUGUAAUAUGAAUAUGUUAUAUUUUAUUAUUUCUUUUAUUAACUGGAAAGUAAGCAGUAUCCUUCUUGUAUUUCGCACUGUUGAAGCCUAGGUAUAAUCAUAACCAAGAAGAGCAGUGCUGUAGUGGGGAGGGUCAUAUGCCUGCCAUUCAUGGUGGCAUUUCAGCACAGAUAAAUUUGGUUGGUACUUAGCUUGGAAAGCAUCCUCUACUUUGUGAGGUCCAUUAACGGAAUCUAAUAAUAUUAUUCCUAAAGAGGAUAUUUUUUAAAAAAAUAACACAAAGCAACUUUUCCUCUGAGAGCAAUUUAAAAACAACACCACCACUGAAAUUCAAAUGAGUCUGUACAUGCACUGCAAACCAUGAAGUGGAAUGGAAAAACCAGAAACACAUGUAUCAUUAUGUCUGUAUGGAGUCUUAAUGGUUAAGACUGCAUAACCACUCCUAGGUGGCUUUCCCUGCCCCAACUUUGGGCAUGCACUAGCUGCUACUUAAGUGUAGUCGGAGAAAAGAUGGAAGACACAAUGCCACAGCAAGGCAAGGAAUAACUACACCACUGGCCAAAGUUCCUGACAACUGUUAAGAAGGACAGAGAGAAGGGUAGGAUGGGUCUGAGAUUAGUCUAAUGUGGUUAGGUAGACAGAAGCAUCUCAUCAGGGUGUUGGUGGCCAAGGUCACUGAGAAGCAUCAAGUGGGCAGGAAGAACAAGGAAUAAUAGUGAGUUGAUGUGGCUAUGCAAAUGGGUGAUAGAGUUUCUGUUGGAGCCCAGUAAGUCAUGAUGAUAAAUGGGAGAGGGAAGGAAGGCCAUAACUUAUAUUACAUCUUUCUGCCCACCUUCUGCAUAACUACAAAUAAUAUUCACACUUUUCAUCAAUUAGAACUAUAAAGGCAACCUUAAGAAGUUCUUAUACUGAAGUUUGCUCAAAGGGCAAAUGGUGAGGUACUCUCCAGUCACUCCCUGCAAUUACCAUAGAAUAUUUUUAUGGGAUUACUUAUAGGUGUGUUGGAAGCAAAGGUUACUUAUUUGCCAAAUGGAGAAAGCACAUUUGAUCUGUCCAGUUCAUCCAUUUUCUGAAUACUUCCCCCCCCCCACCCCCAUGUAAUGUAACGUUGAACAAACUUUAUGGUGUUACAAGAUUCCAUGAACUGUGCAAGUGUUGUCUGAGCUGUGCAAAUGAGUCUGCAGCAGUGAAAUUAAUCUUUGGUCUUGUAAUCCAUAAUGCAACUUUUCUCAGGCAAAUAAAUUCCUGGGGCGUGUAAUCAGGACUUCAAAACUGUGUGAUUUGGUACAAAGAUUAUUCAAUUAAACCUUUGAAAUUUCAA